CGUAACGUUGUACUGUCUACUUGUUCCGAGAUUCUUCAGUACGUUGGAUGAUUGAAUGAUUGAAUGAUAGAAUUUCAAUUUCACAACGAAAACGAAAACGAAAACCAUCAGUUUCACCAAAAUAGGUUGACGAUGAUAUUUGUGUUUCUUGCCAUCACAGCGCUAACCUCUCCCAGACUUUCACCAUUUAGACUUCCCAGGCACUCUAGGCUAUCAGGAAGGUUGAUUGCGAACGAAUCAUCGAAAGCAACGCACAUAAAUCAGCGCUCUACCUCUGCGACAACAAUACAUCUCACGUGGUCUCCCCAGGAUCUCACGGCGGACAACGAUGGAUUUCGGCCGAUUCCAGACGAUGACUACUUAAAAAAGUACCAAGAAAWACCGGAUUUGUGGCCCGUCGAGUUCUUUCUGGUUCCCUAUCGCCGCCGACGGAAAGCUACGAACUGCAAAGAUAACGACGACGACAACAACAAUUCCGAGACCCAGAUCCUGGUCAGGAGAUCUGCCAACGGAACAUCUAAAUACGGGCUCGGAACUGGUGUUCCGGCAACGCGAUGGAUGGUUUCGACAGGGAAAUUACCUCGCGGCUACGAAUGGACAGAUCCCCCUGUUGUUUUUGAGGCCAGUGACUUUCCCGAAUUUCCGAAAGGUACCGGCAAGGAGGAACCGACGAGGUCUUGGGCCUACCGCAAAAUUCAUCUCCGAGAUGACGCCUUUCACGACAGCGAGCGAGACAAUGACGAUGUCGCUGAAUUCAAGGAUGCUGCGUUGGAGGAAUAUGCGAAGGAAAUAAGGGAACAUUUGAAGACGGAAUUGUUGAAAAUUUCUCGGGAGGGAAACGAGAACUCUUCGAGCCGAUGGGAAAGUGAACGUAACUCUGUCGUCCAGACUAUCCUCGAGAGCGACAAUAGCAUAGCUGCAAUCCAGGGGACCCUCCGAAUGAGUGGUCUCUUUGAAAAACGCAAGAGCGACACUUCGGCUCGUUUUGUGGCUUUCUCCGAUGGUCCGGAUCCAGCGGGGUUGGCACGAUCCGUAAAAAUCUACACGAUGUUCCCACAAAUGCCGGAUCCCAUGCCACUGCCGUCAGCCCCCCCGGCRGRACUGAAGGAGGAGAUCAUGAGCCGUCCAUCGAGGAUGGCGAAGUCCGGUAGAGAUCCGCACAAGGACGACUACGGGAGAACAUAUACGCAUAUUUCGACUUCCAACGUCAGCAACACGAUACACGGCGUGUACCUUUCCUUUGAUGCCACAAAUUGUCUGCCGGCCGACGCAUCGGGUGUUGACACUACAGAGGAAGUCCCCCCGGCCCUUGAUCUUUUUGGCACUACGGCAGUCGAACGAGAAUGGAAGUCUCUGCAAGAACUCAAAGUGCUGGACCAAGGGGGCAACAACAUUUGCACGGAAGAUCCAAAAUCAACGUUCAUUUCUGGCUUCAUUGCUCGACAGCUCGUAAAAGAGGGGGCCAUCGACAUUCAUGGCUCAACGAAUCAAUAAAUGAGCACUACCUACUUUCUCGUGU